AUGUCUUCUUUCAUGGAUUCUCCAAAAAGGAAACGAAAUAAUCUUCAGGCUCCGACUCCACCGGAUUCCUCACCCAUGCGCCUAGAGACAUCAAUUACUUUACCUACAAUAUCUCCUGAAGAAGCCAGUCAAGGUAGUCCACGGACAAAAGUGGCAUAUCACUUCCAGGAUCUUGCCCUUGGUGGACCCACAGAUACAAAGAAACUGGAUCUAAAGAAGAAGACACAAGAAACAGCAAAUGCUGAAUCUACUGUGCGCAAAAGGGUAAAUAUGUUUACUGCAAAAGACGUGGAUAUGACUGGGAGCACAGUAACAGAAAUUCCCGAGACACCACAAAUAAAAGCAUCUAGGGCUGUAAAUGGAGAAGAAAGGAAAGUCGAUCCGAUUGUUCGGGAGUUGGGCAAGGAUAUUAGGUUGCAUAAUGAAGUUGAUCCUAUAAUAUUCAGAGCUGGGUUAAAUGGUACAGAGGGAAAGGAUGGUUUGGGAAGGGCAUAUCCAUCAAUCAAUCGACUGGCUGAUUCUAAGUCUCGGAAAAAGAAGAGGAUGGGUACACCCCCAUUGUCUAAAAUUGGAGAUGCUUUGGACGAAGAAAGGGAGAUUAUGGAACCGGAUCGAGCAGCUUUGACAUGGCACGACGAUGAAAUCACUGGUUAUAAACCUGACGAUCCAGAUGAUGAUGGCGAGGGAAUCAAUGGGAUUGGAUUUCGGCCAACGCCUGCCAUUGCUCAUGCAAGGACACAAAAAAGGAAGCAACAAAUGGCAGACUACAUGAGUCGGGAAGCAAGGGAGGCUAGAGCUCGAAGAAGUGAGAGAAGAAGAGGAACAGAAGUGACGGAAAUUGCUGCUGCUAGGGAGGCCGAGAAUGUUGCCAGGAGAGUAAGGUUCAUGGAGAUUGAUAACCCAGCUGUCAUCUCAACAUCUUGA